ACGAACAUAGGCCCUCGUCGGAAAUGAACCAUCGCUUCUCUCACUACUCUGUCUCCGUCUGUCGUCUAUCUCUCUCUGAGCAGUGAGGAGCUCUCUAGGGUUUCUAUCUCUUCAUUUCUUCUUUUCUUCCAAAAAUCUUGGGGCUUGAAUCCAACUAUUUCUGUCUCUUUCAACGAGAAAAGCUCAAAAAAUCAGAUAAGAAUCUCAGACAAUGCAUCAGGUUUUUUGAUUUCGUUUCUUUAUAUAUAUCUCUAUCGUAUAGUCUCCUUCGGAAACCUGGUUUUAGUCGGAGCAGAAAUCUCAGAUUUCAUGGCGAAAACGAAGCCUGGGAAAAAAGAUUUGGAUUCCUACACCAUCAAAGGCACUAACAAGGUCGUCAGAGCUGGAGAUUGUGUCCUGAUGCGUCCUUCAGAUUCCGAUAAGCCACCUUAUGUAGCACGCGUGGAGAAGAUCGAGCUUGACCAUCGGAGUAAUAUCAAGGUUCGGGUUAGGUGGUAUUAUCGGCCGGAGGAGUCGAUCGGAGGGAGGAGGCAGUUCCAUGGAGCGAAGGAGUUGUUUUUGUCGGACCAUUAUGAUGUGCAGAGUGCACACACUAUCGAGGGAAAGUGUACUGUCCAUUCCUUCAAGAACUAUACUAAACUUGAGAAUGUCGGAGCUGAGGAUUACUUCUGCCGAUUCGAGUAUAAGGCUGCCACCGGGGGAUUUACGCCCGACCGUGUUGCAGUGUAUUGUAAAUGUGAGAUGCCUUAUAACCCAGAUGACCUCAUGGUCCAGUGCGAAGCAUGCAAGGAUUGGUUCCAUCCUUCUUGUAUGGGUAUGACUAUAGAACAAGCAAAGAAACUAGAACACUUUCUGUGCUCUGAUUGUUCAUCUGAUGAUGAGGCCAAAAGAUCCCUGAACAAUUUUCCUGUUUCACCACCUGUUGAGCCUAAGAUUUCAUGUGUGACUCGUUGGUGAUCAUCUCAGGCCUUUUUACUUCUGUUAUUGUGUUCUUUACUUUUUGGCAUGGUACCAUCUCUGUUCCAGGUGGAGCCAAAGCGCCGGAAGAGGUGAUUGGUUGAUGAGGAGGUUGGGAUGCAUGAUGAGUAGGUACUCAUUUUCUUCCAUGUUUGUUCUCCGUUGGUGGUGUUAUGUGGAAUUGUACAGUGCAGAGAACAUACUGUGCUUGCACAAACUGGAAGUUUUCUUAAUUUUUUUGCUUUAACUUAAAAUAUAUAUGCAUGUAUGUGCAUGCAUGCUCUGGAUUUUUAGGACAUCGCUCCUGUGAUGUGUUAUCUCGUGUACAAACUGUGCAAAAAAUGUUGUUUAUUCGCAUUUAAGGACAGGUUUUCUUUGAAGAACA